AUGCUGCGCUCGAUCAUCUCGCGGAGCUUCUCGACGGCCGUGCCACAGUUCAGCGGGAAGCUCAAGCACCCGGCGAAGCGCGCUGCGCACCUCAUGCAGCAGCUCAACGAAGAGGAGGUCGCCAAGAGCUUUGCCCGCAACCACCUCGGCAAGUUCAAGCCCGGCGACGCCGUCGAGGUCGAGAUGCUCCUCAACAAGACGACGACCAAGAUCCAGCGCGUCAAGGGCGUCGUCAUCGGCGAGCGCAACCGCGGCCUCUCGAGCUCCUUCAUCAUCCGCAACCACAUCGCCGAGUGCGGCUACGAGCAAAAGAUCUUUAUCCACUCGCCGCUCCUGCACUCCGUCAAGGUGCUCAAGGAGAAGUUCAUCUCGAACGGCAAGAAGAAGGUCCGGCGCGCCAAGCUCUACUACCUCCGCGACAAGGCCCCGCGCUUCACGACCGUGUAA